UCGUCAAAAAAAAUUAACAAAGCUUGUUGAUUUACUGUGAAUCUAUUCAGUUGUCACCAGCUUCAUACAUUCAGUGGACACUUUACAAGGCACACCUUGCUAGUACUGGGACCCCUUCCGAAAUCUGUUAAUUCUUCAUGGCAUAGAGUCAACAAGGUGCUGGAAGCAUUCCUCAGAGAGUGUUUGGUCCAUAUUGAAAUGACAGCAUGCUGUAUGUUUGUUGGCUGCACAUCCAUAAUGGGAAUCUCUUGUUCCAACACAUCCCAAAGGUGCUGCACUGGAUUGAGAGAUGGUGACUGUGGAGGCCAAUUCCGGACAGUGAACUCAUUUUCAUGUUCAAGAAAUGAGGCUUAGAAGAAGUGAGCUUUGUGACAUGAUACAUACUCUUGGACAGAGCUGUAAGAAGAUGGACAGGACAUGGUCAGCAAUGAUACACAGGGAGGUGGAGACACCUUGCCACCCCCCUCCUCCGUCCUUGACUGAAAGCACCAACUAAUUUUUGCACAAGGGAGACAGUCGAAGCACUCCCAGAGCCCUUGAAAUGGAGGCUUCCGAAGACUAUCGUACUAGUAACGGCCAAUGCUCUCCUGGUAAGGAGAACUCGAGAAUGUUGGCGGAUAUAUCAGCACCUAAUGGAGAGACGGUUCCUCAGGGUCCUAAUUCCCCUGGUGAACUGACGAUUAAGCAAGAAGAAGAAAUCAUGGAGGAGUCUGACAACAGAAGUCCAGCAGUGGAAGAAAUAGGCCAAACAGGGGAAGAAGGAGUAGCACUAGAGGAAUCCAUGAGUGGCAGCCCAAGCAACGUACAGGACGGGUUAUCUGGGCCGAAUGUGACAGCCGAAUCAGGAAAUCGACCAAACGGAGACAGGCCGUUCCAGUGCAACCAGUGUGGUGUGUCGUUCACCCAGAAGGGAAACCUGCUACGACACAUCAAACUCCAUACAGGUGAAAAACCCUUCAAAUGCCCCUUCUGUAGCUACGCCUGUCGGAGGCGCGAUGCCCUCACUGGUCAUUUGCGCACUCAUGCUGUCGGCAAACCGCACAAGUGUAACUACUGUGGGCGGAGUUACAAACAGCGGACAUCUUUAGAGGAACAUAAAGAGCGUUGCCAUGGUUACCUGCAGGGUAUCAGCUUGGAUCCUAAUGUCAACAGUGGGCCUUACACAGGUGACGUUCCAAAAGAGCCAAGGCCCAUGCCAGAGCCCACCAUGGCUACCUUUGAUCGGCCACCUGUUAUUGAAAGACUGCAUAGCAAUGUAGGCAAGAGGAAGAGCACCACACCUCAGAAAUUUGUGGGUGAAAAGAUGCCUCGCUAUAGCUAUCCUGAUAUGAGCUAUGACAUGGCUGUUAAGUAUGAGAAGCAGUCUGAAAUGAUGCCACCCCACAUGAUGGACCAGGCUAUCAACAAUGCCAUUACAUACCUGGGAUCAGACACCCUACGCCCCAUGCUCCACCAUCCAGGCCCUCCACUUUCUAUGGCUGAGGUGGUGCCUAUUGUGAACCCACUCUUCCCCCAUGUCCUGCCACUGAGCCAACGAACAGAACGUUCAGGAAACUGUGACACACUACCAACACAGCCGCCUCAGCCCCAUGAGUUCCCCGGUCAUCCCACCUCAAAUGGCCCCACUGGUUUAACAAGGCCAGGUAAGCAGCCCCAACAAGGGCAAGAGGAGUCACCCAGCAACAGCGGUGUUGAAUCUGCUGACUCAGCUCGCAGCAGCCCUCAGGAAAGGCAGGGAUACCAUGGCAGCAACGUCCCCGUGGGCCUCAGGUCUCGUGGCAGUCCGGCAGUGGUCUUUUCAGGUGAGCGGAUGAGAGAUGCAUCACCUAGAAGUGGGGCAGGAGUCGGGCUUGGGAUAAUGCGACUGGCUACAGAGAGGCCUGUGAGCCAGGAAGGGAUACGGGUGUUUGGACGGGAGGGCCAGGAAUUAAGGGCCUUCCAGUGUGAGCACUGUCGAGUGCUCUUCCUGGACCAUGUCAUGUACACCAUCCACAUGGGUUGCCACGGAUACAGAGAUCCACUGGAGUGCAACAUCUGUGGUCACCGGAGCAAGGACCGCUAUGAGUUCUCCUCUCACAUAGUACGUGGUGAACACACCUUCCAGUAAGAGGAUGGGUAGAAAAUUGAGGGAUAGACAAAGAAGUGAAAGGAGCAAUACCCUGAUAUCCGUCCUUAUCUCCUCUGAGACUGCAUUGUUGAAUGGCAUUGUAGACAAGUGUAGCACAAUCACAGACUUCUUUUUAAGCUACUUAUUGUGAAUCUGAACAGUUUAACAAUCACAUGAAGGUAUGGGCCAAAGACACAUUUUGUACUAUUUAAUUGCGAUUAAUGUAAAGGAAGGACUUUUUUUUCUCAAAAUCUUACUAGAUUCUAUAUUAGAGCAGCUGUCAAAGGGCAUUGACAAGUGUUUUUCUUUUUUUCAUUUUAAUCUAUUCUGAAGUAUAUUCUUUUGUGUUUUCCCUCUCAUCAUGCUUUUAACCGUUUUCAUUCUGAAGACAUAAUGCAUGCAUAUAGAUGGUAUAUUAGAACUUGUUUCUGCCCUGUGGGCUCAAUGUGGUUGAUAAAAAUCAGUUUCAGAUUACUAUACAAACGUCAGGGCUGCAGGUGGUGUAUAAUGUCACUAAAAACAUCACUAUGUUUGACAAAAUAGUAGCACUUAUUCAUUAUUGUACUUAUAAAAAUUUGAUUAUUGUUGCUAUCAGAUGUUAGUAAAUAUACUGAAUGCAUUCUGGUUCUAAUAUCAGUGGGUAUGCAAGUACAUUGCUGCCUAGACUUUAGACAAUGCUAUUAGCCCCCAUAACUAUAUACACCAACUUAAUUUUUUUGGGCUAAUGGAAAAAAAGAGAAAAACGUGGGAUUUGAAUGUAAUUUAUGAACAAAAUUUCAAUGCAAGUGGCAAAUAAAAUUAUCAGUAAAUGGUAACAUUAUCACAUUUUGUAAUUCUGAGUAAAUUGUCUUGCAGAUAAUUUUAAACAAUGACAAACAAUGUGAUUUCCUGUGCAAAAGCUCAGGAGAGUCUUUUAGCUAUUGCUAUCUGCCUAUCUGAUAAUGAGCAGUUGAAAAUAUUGAAGGCAUUAUUAUUGUAUUAUGUUACUUUAACUCUCUGCAAAUGGUGCAUGUUUUAGGUUACCAUAUCAUACCACCCAUGUUUUUCCAUCUCUCAGGGGCUUGUAAAGCAUUUGUGAACCAUUAGCGCAGAUAAAGAAAACCACCAACUUCCUGUUGGUGGCUUGUCUAUUUUGUAAUUUUAAAAUCCUGCCAAAUAAAAAAGAGACUAUCUCAAGCAAAAUAUGAAAAUGACUUUAGGCCAAUGUUUAAGGUAGUAAACAUAUAUUUGAAAUAUCUUGAUUGGGGAAAAAAAAGUGUUCUCCUAUGUUGAAGAGAAAAACAUGUUGAAAAGCACAAUGUCUAAUGUGUUCUUGAGGUUGCUUAACAGAGCACUGGAAACACAAUGAAUUUAGACGUAGGUUAUCUCAAAUAUUUAUCUAAGACAAAUUUCAGUUUGUCUUACAUUUUGAAAUGAUCCUAUUUAUAGCUCACGAAACCAAAAUUGUUGCUUGUAUUGAGACGUAUUUCUCUCUGUUAUAAUCAGUCACCAUUUAAAUGCAAGAGGACGUAAGAAAAACCACUCAGAAAGUUAAACAUAAAAACUGUUGCCUAGUCAUUCUUGUUGUAUCUAUGACUUUUAAAAGUUCAGUCGCGGACAUCUUUUUCUCAAUUGUUUUCUUUCUCUACGCUUUCAGGGUAAGAUGUCCAAAUAACUGUUUUAUUUCCUUUGUACUUCUGCGGAAUACUACUGUGUCCUGUUGACUCAGACAUUGUGUUGCUUACCGUUUGAGUACACUGCUAUAUUCUUAAACUUUGAGUAUCAAAAAAAACAACUGUCAGAAAUGUUGUCCACAUGGGCAACAUUAAAAAGCAGAUGGUGGUAUAGAAGCCCGUAACAAUCUUGAAGUCAUUUAACUACCUGGCUGCAGUUUCAUUCUUUAUGGCAGUGGAUACCAAAGUGACAGCACUGGAUGUCUCUAUUGUACCUCACUUUGUGCUUUACUGUAUGCCUUUCUUUUUAAUCUAAUCCACUUUUUUGAAUUAAUUGGGAUGGUCUGUCUGUCUGUGCGUGUGUAAUAUAUUCUUUCAUCCUGUUUGUAGACAUGACUAAUAUGGGGAAGUGUAUUUUUUCCUAAGGCUAAAUUCCUAAAAUUGUCAUGUGAUAAUAUGGUAUUAUCGACCUGAUCUUGUUUGUUUAAGGCUGCCCCUUCUCCGCUCCUCAUAAGCCCCAUCUCCCACACAAGCAGAUACACACUAAUGUCUGUUCCUCUUCCUCAUUCUCUGAAUGUUACUCUUUGCAUCGCCAUAAUGUCACCGAAUUCAUGUAUGACCUUUUACAAAGGGGACCAAGAAAGAGACAGCAUGAGCAGGAGGCGGAGUUAAAGAAGCGUACCACGUACUACUACUCUGAAGGCUCUUCUGAUAGUUGUAGCAUCCCAAAUCUAUAGAGUAGGAGUAUUACAACCUCCAAACUCGCUUGUCCAUCAUCUAGCAGUACAUUGAUGUAUAACACAUUGUGAUCCACAAAGCCAGUUCUUUCAAAGUUACUGUCCCUGCUGUGAAAGGACUCCGAUAAGACUGUGCUUGGUACAGUUGGUCAUGCACUUUAUGUCUCUUUAAAGCAGAAAUGUCAAAUGUUUUCUAGUUUUAAUUUUUAAGUGUUGUGACGGUUCCAAACGAUCAUUGUCAGAACAAAGGUUAGACCUUUGUUUGAGAGAGAAAUGUUGGAGCAGCACACUGGAAAUUAGGACUGUCGGUUUUUGCUCUGCUGCCUGAUGAACAUGUACUUUUUUUAAUGGACUCACAAAACUGUUGGCAUUAUUAGUUUUAAACAUGUAUUGUCUAACAUUAUGAGCAGGCUAUUAUGCUCUAAGGCUAAACUCAGUGAACUCUUCUUUUUGUUCAGUAUCUACUCGUAAUCAAAAGGCAGCUUUUUCUCUGUUUACAUGUUGCUUCUUUUCAUGCGCAAAUGGUGCCCAGCUAGCAUAAAACCUUACUAUUUGUAAAGUUUUGGCACUAGAAAUUGUUUACAUCUUGCAGCUGUGAUAUUGACUCUAUACAUUCCUCUGUCAUAUUAUUCCUAUUUUUUUCUAAAAAGAAAAAAAAAAGAAAAAAGGAGUCAGUUUAUUUAUCCUGUGAUAAAAUCUGUGUUAAGGAUACCUUGGUUUUCUCUCCUUAUCCCAGAACAGAACAGAACAGAACAGAGCUUAAACUAAAUGUAGGAUAAUAUAUUACAGGGUUUUUUGUUGUUGUUGUUGUUUUAUUUGUGUUUUUUUAGUUACUCUUUAGUUACUUACUCUCUAGGUUAUAUUUAGUAACAUUCUUUGGGGUACAGGUAUAUCACAGUUCCAACUAUUUACUUAUCUGUUGACAGAUUCUUGUCUUACUUUUUUUCCUUCACUGAAGCAGCCAUAUAAACAAACAAACAAAAAAAACAAACCAUAACAAAAAAAAGGGUCUUCUGUCAGCUUUCCUAGUGAGUGAGGACUUUACUUGAACGAUUAUUGCUAUUGUUACAGAUCGGGGGGAAUGUUUUUGUACAGUGUGGUAAAUGUCUAUUUUUCUGCUGAAAUGUUGCAAAUAGUUUUGUGAAUUUUGUGUGUUUUUUUUAUUUAAAAAUGUUUACAAAAAAUGUAAAAGGCAGGGUUCCGGGUGCAUUGUAUUUUUUAAGAAACAGUAUACAAACAGUGUAUAUUUUGGCACUGAAAAUGAACAUUUAUCCAUAUAUGUGUGCUGAUUGAACAACUUUGAUAUCGAUACCAACUUUCUGAUAUGAGGGCUCUCAGGUAUUUACAUAGGUUGUGUAUUUUUAAGUCUUAAAAUAUGUGAUUUAUUUAUGAAAAAAAGAUGCAUAUUGAAUUUAAUUUCUAUGAUCAUUUCUCUUGACUUAAAACAGUUUAACACUGAAUAUGGUGAAGGAAGUUGGAGUAUUCUUAAGCCCCCUUUUUUUUCAACAGUGACCAUACAUGAAGGCACACUGCUGUGAAGAAUUCAAUGUAUAUUUUAAGGCAUGACUUUCUCUCUUCUCUAUACAUGGUUUUACUGCUUUGCCUAUUUCGUUCAUUUUUAAACAGGAAGACAAACAUAAUAAUACUGUGUUGUUUUCUGCAAAACAUGCAAACUGUACCUUACUUGCAAAUAAAAUUCUUUAUUGCAAGAUAAAAAUUGAAUGUUGAAAUCUGUUGAUGCAACAUUAAAGAGCCUAAAGGUCAGAAAACAUCCCUAGAAAACUAUUCAACUUCCACACUUUUCUUAUUGUUUGAAUUUGAAUUGUUCAUCUUACACCUGCAAUGUUGAUUAUAUGUAAAGGUAUUCUAAUGUUUUUCACAGUUGAAAUCAAAACGCACAAAAGACCAAAUGAUCAUCAGGUGACAGUUGAAUUGGUGACACUGGGACUUUGUUGAGACUAUGUUGUGUUUGAAUGAUCUUAGCAGCCAAAGUCAUGUUCUUUGGCGAUAGCUUUAAUUCUGUAGAACAGUGUACCGAAUAUGAAGAAAGAUUUUUCUUAGCGAUGUCUGUAUCUCUACUUCAAAAUCUGCUUUCUAGCAUAAAAAAUAAAGUAUAUGUGAAAUAUA